AUGCGUUCGAUUGACCUAAAAAGUCACUAUGUGUACGCAAAUAGGCUCCGUACAAUGCAUUUUGUUAUGCCGACAUGUGCGUCUAAUUGCCGUAGACACAGAAGUUUUCACCCCAUGAUUGAGAUGAUUCUAGUGCAAUGGUUAUCGUGUUAUCUGAGGGGAGGUUGGAAAAAAACGGUCGUUGGCCAGAACAGUGAGGUAUUCAACCCGAUCGACAGCUAUUCUAAUUUAACGCGGGGAAAGUUUACAAGACAGCAAGGAACGCUCGAAAUUUACACAGUGCUCUCUAGCUUAAUACUUUGA